UGCGCCGUGCCGGCGCUGGACGGUGGCCUGAGCUACACGCAGGUCGCCGCCGGAGGCGCCCAUACGGUGCUGCUCAGGAGCGACGGCACGGCCGUGGCCUUCAGCUCGAAUGCCUGCGGCCAGUGCACCGUGCCGGCGCUGGACGGUGGCCUGAGCUACACGCAGGUCGCCACCGGAGGACGCCAUACGGUGCUGCUCAGGAGCGACGGCACGGCCGUGGCCUUCGGCUGGAAUGGUCGCGGCCAGUGCGCCGUGCCGGCGCUGGACGGUGGCCUGAGCUACACGCAGGUCGCCGCCGGAGAUGCCCACACGGUGCUGCUCAGGAGCGACGGCACGGCCGUGGCCUUCGGCUCGAAUGGUUGUGGCCAGUGCGCCGUGCCGGCGCUGGACGGUGGCCUGAGCUACACGCAGGUCGCCGCCGGAGGAGGCCACACGGUGCUGCUCAGGAGCGACGGCACGGCCGUGGCCUUCGGCUCGAAUCCCUACGGCGAGUGCGCCGUGCCGGCGCUGGACGGUGGCCUGAGCUACACGCAGGUCGCCGCGGGAGAUGCCCACACGGCGCUGCUCAGGGCGCUGGACGGGGCGCUGACGUACACCGCGCGCUUCGGCGCGGCGCUGCUCCUGCAGGCGUCGCUCGACGGCGGCGCGGUGCGCUUCCUGACCCUGGGCGGGGUGGAGCGCUGCCGGGUGCGGGCGGCGCCCGGCGCGCCGCUCGCUGGCGUGCGCGACUGGCUGGCGGGCGAGCUGGGCGCGGGCAGGCUGGGCCCCGGGAUCGGCCGCGCCGACGCGGCCCUGCCAGGCGGACGGCUCCUGAGCGGGGCCUCGGCGGGCGAGACCGUCGCGGACGCCUUCGGGAGCGACGGCACGGCCGUGGCCUUCGGCUGGAAUUUCGAGGGCCAGUGCGCCGUGCCGGCGUUGGACGGUGGCCUGAGCUACACGCAGGUCGACGCGGGACAAAACCACACGGUGCUGCUCAGGAGCGACGGCACGGCCGUGGCCUUCGGCUCGAAUCACGCUGGCCAGUGCAGCGUGCCGGCGCUGGACGGUGGCCUGAGCUACACGCAGGUCGCCGCGAUAAAAUCCCACACGGUGCUGCUCAGGAGCGACGGCACGGCCGUGGCCUUCGGCGAGAAUGGUUCCGGCCAGUGCGCCGUGCCGGCGCUGGACGGUGGCCUGAGCUACACGCAGGUCGCCGCCGGAGGAGAACACACGGUGCUGCUCAGGAGCGACGGCACGGCCGUGGCCUUCGGCCGGAAUUUCGAGGGCUACGGCCAGUGCGCCGUGCCGGCGUUGGACGGUGGCCUGAGCUACACGCAGGGCCGUGCUUGCGCCGUGCCGGCGCUGGACGGUGGCCUGAGCUACACGCAGGUCGCCGCGGGAUUCGCCCACACGGUGCUGCUCAGGAGCGACGGCACGGCCGUGGCCUUCGGCUCGAAUCUCGCCGACCAGUGCGCCGUGCCGGCGCUGGACGGUGGCCUGAGCUACACGCAGGUCGCCGCGGGAUUCGCCCACACGGUGCUGCUCAGGAGCGACGGCACGGCCGUGGCCUUCGGCUCGAAUCUCGCCGACCAGUGCAGCGUGCCGGCGCUGGACGGUGGCCUGAGCUACACGCAGGUCGCCGCGGGAUUCGCCCACACGGUGCUGCUCAGGAGCGACGGCACGGCCGUGGCCUUCGGCUCGAAUGACCUCGGCCGGUGCACCGUGCCGGCGCUGGACGGGGCGCUGACGUACACCGCGCGCCCGCUCGUCGGCGCGACGCUGCUCCUGCAGGCGUCGCUCGACGGCGGCGCGGUGCUCGGCCGGAAGGGAGCGGGUCCCGAGGGGAGCGGGCCCUGGGCCUUCAUCCUGGGGCCCGUGGUGCGCUUCCUGACCCUGGGCGGGGUGGAGCGCUGCCGGGUGCGGGCGGCGCCCGGCGCGCCGCUCGCUGGCGUGCGCGACUGGCUGGCGGGCGAGCUGGGCGCGGGCAGGCUGGGCCCCGGGAUCGGCCGCGCCGACGCGGCCCUGCCAGGCGGACGGCUCCUGAGCGGGGCCUCGGCGGGCGAGACCGUCGCGGACGCCUUCGUGUUGAGCGACGGCACGGCCGUGGCCUUCGGCUCGAAUCACGAGGGCCAGUGCGCCGUGCCGGCGCUGGACGGUGGCCUGAGCUUCACGCAGGUCGCCGCCAGAGAUGCCCACACGGUGUUGCUCAGGAGCGACGGCACGGCCGUGGCCUUCGGCUGGAAUUUCGCCGGCCGGUGCGCCGUGCCGGCGCUGGACGGUGGCCUGAGCUACACGCAGGUCGCCGCCGGAGGAGGCCACACGGUGCUGCUCAGGAGCGACGGCACGGCCGUGGCCUUCGGCGAGAAUGGUCGCGGCCAGUGCGCCGUGCCGGCGCUGGACGGUGGCCUGAGCUACACGCAGGUCGCCGCGGGACAGAACCACACGGUGCUGCUCAGGAGCGACGGCACGGCCGUGGCCUUCGGCUGGAAUGGCGCCGGCCAGUGCGCCGUGCCGGCGUUGGACGGUGGCCUGAGCUACACGCAGGUCGCCGCGGGAGGCGCCCACACGGUGCUGCUCAGGAGCGACGGCACGGCCGUGGCCUUCGGCUCGAAUGACCGCGGCCAGCGCGCCGUGCCGGCGUUGGACGGUGGCCUGAGCUACACGCAGGUCGCCGCGGGACAGAACCACACGGUGCUGCUCAGGAGCGACGGCACGGCCGUGGCCUUCGGCUCGAAUCACGCUGGCCAGUGCGCCGUGCCGGCGCUGGACGGUGGCCUGAGCUACACGCAGGUCGCCGCGGGACAGAACCACACGGUGCUGCUCAGGAGCGACGGCACGGCCGUGGCCUUCGGCUGGAAUCGCGCCGGCCAGUGCACCGUGCCGGCGCUGGACGGGGCGCUGACGUACACCGCGCGCCCGCUCGUCGGCGCGGCGCUGCUCCUGCAGGCGUCGCUCGACGGCGGCGCGGUGCGCUUCCUGACCCUGGGCGGGGUGGAGCGCUGCCGGGUGCGGGCGGCGCCCGGCGCGCCGCUCGCUGGCGUGCGCGACUGGCUGGCGGGCGAGCUGGGCGCGGGCAGGCUGGGCCCCGGGAUCGGCCGCGCCGACGCGGCCCUGCCAGGCGGACGGCUCCUGAGCGGGGCCUCGGCGGGCGAGACCGUCGCGGACGCCUUCGGGUUGUAG